AUGCCAGAUAUAAAUUGCCCUUCGUAUCUCAUACCCACGAAGUUCUACGCUGUAUCUCCAACGUCUGCACCCAACCAGCUGAAGCGUCUACAGGCCGGACAGUUCAUCACCUCGCCCGCGCACCCGGGCCGCCCGAUCAGCGCAGACUCCCCGCUACAAUUCAAUGCGUUCGAGGGGAUUCACAAGCAGAGCUCAAUCAGAACCCUACGCGAGUACCUUACAGGAACUGAACCACACAUUGGCAUUUCUCGCUACGCCGCAACUAACAUGCUGACCAGGCACAUGCACGGUGUCUAUCUACCAGAAUCGGUCUCACUCAUCUCCGUAGCGAAAUCGAUACCUUGGACCACGACUUCAUUAAGCCUUUCGAUGAAGGGCGUUGAAGACGCACUCAGUGCGCCUGAAGCAGCCUGUCUACAUGGUAACGGAGGUCAAGGUCGCUCGGCCGCGAGAUGGAGCUGGACAUAUAGCCGGUGUUUCGAGGAACAGGAGACAGGGGAUACAACUGGUGCUGCUGUUUAUCUACGGCUUCCGGCUCCGGAAAUGCUGCGGUACUAUAACAUCCGGAACCGCCACACCAAGGAAGCUCUAUGGAGCACCCGUCCGCUUGUUUACGGCAUUGGCGGAGAGGAGGGGAGUUUGCCUGGGCUGAGAGGAGAUAAUAUCGAGAUGGAUUAA